AUGCGAGGCUUCCUGCAAAGCAAAGAGAGGGUUGGACAGACCAGGCCUGUCGUCAGCAAAGCAGCCAGCGCCAGCCACGGCUCCAGACAGUCGGCUGCCAACACCACUGAUGGCCACCACCACCAAGCAUCAUUCCACGACCUGCCGCCCGAGAUCCACCUGGCCAUCAGCAGGUACCUCAUCUACCCGGAUGCGCUCUCUCUCAAGCACACGUGCCGGUACCUGUAUCUGCUGGUGGACACUGGGGUGCGGCUCAAGAUUGACUGGCUGAUCGAGCGGCGCAGCCUGCACCUCGAGUGUCCCAACGACCGGCGGUGCGACCUGGGCUCCGACCUCAAGUUCUGCCGGGGCUCGGUGCGCCUGCUGAUGCAGCGGCGACGGGAGCACCUCGAGUGCGAGUCGCGGCCGGGGCUCGGCUGCCUGGUGUACGGCACGCCGGCGUGCACACACCGGCGGCGGCUCAGUGAGCGGUGGAAGCAAUGGCUGCGGGCGACGCUGACGGUCGAGGUGUGGUGGAUUGUGGUCGCCGUGGGCGUUGUGCUGGUGGCGUGGUGUCUGUCGCCCUUGAUUCUCGCGACGUAG